CAGCAAGAUGCCUGUCAAUAUCUUGGACGUCCUUCGCGAAGGCGCCCAGCGGUCGAACCUGCGGCAAGCAUCGAGCAAGAUGGGAAGAGCAAUGCAGUCCCUAGUAUGGCGAGACGCGUUCAUCAACCGCGCAGACUUCUCCAUCCCCGUGGGAACGAGCCACGUCCUCCAAGUGCGCCAAGCUCCGAACGGGGAAAUCAACGGAUUAGGUACAGGUCUGACAGUGUGGCCCGCGGCUUGUGUGCUCCUCAAGUACCUCGAGCACCACUACGCACCCUCCAACGGUCUGCAGGGCAAGCGUGUGGUUGAACUCGGAUGCGGCACCGGUGCCGUGGGCUUGGCAGCUGCCAUGCUUGGCGCUCACGUCGUGCUAACGGAUCAAGCGCAUAUCCUCUUUCACAUCCAAGCCAAUGUGCAGGCGAACGACGUGGCUGGUGUCGAGUUUUGUGCGUAUGACUGGGGGGCACCGUUGCCACAAGUCGUAGCCGGGCGUAAGCCAGUGGAUAUAGUGCUUAUCUCCGACUGCGUUCUGCCAAAGCUGUACCCGAUUGAGCCAUUGGUCGAUGCGAUCAAUCUUCUCUGUGCGUCCCAGCCCAGUACGGUCGUACUGGUGUCGUUCGAGCACCGCUACUACGAGCAUUAUGAUGCCAAGGACAUGUUCUGGACCCUCGUAGCCCAGCGACACUUGACCAUUCGCAUGGUUCCCCUUGAAGCACACCAUCCUAGCUACAACGCCGACGACAUUGAGAUUUGGGAAAUCACCAGCACUACCUAAGUCAACAUGAUUUACCUUUUCA